UUUAGUCGAAAAGAAUAUAGAAACUCAAAAUAGCACUUUUCGACAAUCCGAGAGAGAAAGAGAGGGAGAGCAAGAUUACAAUAAACACAAGAAUCUAUAAAAGGAAGUAUUUUUCUACUGUUGCAACGUUAAUAGCAAAAUAGGUAAACGAUAUGUUCCUCAGUUUCAGAGGCAAAGCUGUAGCUGUAUCCACAUUUCAGGGUUUCAAAUCCCAAUUUGUCUAUUCAACAAGCGCUACACCUGCCCCGGCCCAUUUCUUGGUGAAAUACCUGGUUGAUUCUCUGGGAUUUUCCAAACAAGAAGCAACCUCUACAUCUUCCAAGGUAACUUCAUUCAAAACCUUAAAGAAUCCCGAUUUAGUCCUCAAUUUCUUGAUACAAAGUGGUUUGGACAAGACCCAAAUUAAAAAAAUAGUUUCUAGAGAACCCACAUUGCUAUUCCGUGAUGUUUCCAAAAUCCUAAAACCCAAAUUCCAGUGCCUUAUGGAUCUUGGAUUAUUCGGGUCGGACCUGGCGAAUGCAAUUGCUAAAGAUACAACAAUUUUUGAUCGAGGUUUAGAUACGCAUUUGAGACCUACCAUUGAUUGUCUUAGGAAAACUUUGGGCACCGAUGAAAAUGUAGUUAAGGCUAUAAAGAAAACUCCUUGGUUGCUUUCUUUUGGUGCUCAUCAUACUAUUGAGGCUAAUGUAUUAUUGUUGAAAAACGGUGGUGUUUCUGAUGUGAAACUAAAAACACUUGUGCUUAGAAAUCCUAGGUAUAUUAUCCAAAAGUCUGACUGGGUUAAGGAUUUGUUGCAUAGGGUGGAGAAGGAUUUUCGAGUUCCACUUCACUCUCCUAUUUUUCCUUACGGAUUUCAUACGUUAGCCUGUCAAAGGAAGUCUACAUUGGAAAGAAAGAUUGAAAUUUUCAAGAGUUUUGGAUGGUCUGAUAAUGAUCUACUCGAGAUGUUCAGGAAGCUACCGCUUUGUUUUACUCAAUCAGAGGUUAGAAUUAAGAAAGCAUUGAACCUUUACAUGAAGGAGCUUGGUUUUGGACCUACUUACUUAGCUUCUCAUCCUGCAAUUUUGGUCUAUAUUCUGGAAAAAAGGGUGGUACCUCGGAUGCAGGUCUUGAAAGUUUUGGAUGAAAAGAAGCUUAAGAGGAGAAAGUGGAGUCUUUAUCCUGUGCUGAUGUUAACAGAGUCAAAGUUCAUAGACUAUUUUGUGAUGCCCUACAAGGAUCAGAUACCUGAUCUGUAUGAAAUACACAUGAAAACUCUGGCUCCUUAACAGUUAUAGUCAGUGUUACCAAGAGUCAUUUCUGUCCCAAUAAAGCAAACAUAUGAUUACAGUAUUGUUUGUCAUUUCAACUUAUUUUGCUUUGUAGUGACUAAAUGUUUUCCGGAGAAAGGCACCAAUCUAAGUAUCUUUAGUAUUUGAUAAAUGUCUAGCUAGCUCAUAAAUGUCUCUCUUUAUGUCUUAAAUACCUUACUUCAUAAGAAAAAAUGUCUCUCUUUAUA